AUGAGGACGACAUUCGCCGCCGCGUUGGCAGCCUUCGCUGCGCAGGAAGUGGCAGGCCAUGCCAUCUUCCAACAGCUCUGGCACGGCUCCUCCUGCGUCCGCAUGCCGCUGUCGAACUCGCCCGUCACGAACGUCGGCAGCAGGGACAUGAUCUGCAACGCCGGCACGCGCCCCGUCAGCGGGAAGUGCCCCGUCAAGGCCGGCGGCACCGUGACGGUUGAGAUGCACCAGCAACCCGGGGAUCGGUCGUGUAACAACGAAGCCAUCGGCGGCGCCCACUGGGGACCGGUGCAGGUGUACCUCAGCAAGGUGGAGGACGCGAGCACGGCGGACGGGUCGACGGGCUGGUUCAAGAUCUUCGCGGACACGUGGUCCAAGAAGGCGGGCAGCUCGGUGGGGGACGACGACAACUGGGGCACGCGCGACCUCAACGCGUGCUGCGGCAAGAUGCAGGUCAAGAUCCCGGCGGACAUCCCGUCGGGCGACUACCUGCUGCGGGCGGAGGCGCUGGCGCUGCACACGGCGGGCCAGGUGGGCGGCGCGCAGUUCUACAUGAGCUGCUACCAGAUCACCGUGUCGGGCGGCGGCAGCGCCAGCCCGGCCACCGUCAAGUUCCCCGGCGCCUACAGCGCCAACGACCCGGGCAUCCACAUCAACAUCCACGCGGCCGUGUCCAACUACGUCGCGCCCGGCCCGGCCGUCUAUUCCGGCGGCACGACCAAGGUGGCCGGGUCCGGGUGCCAAGGCUGCGAGAACACGUGCAAGGUCGGCUCGUCGCCCACGGCGACGGCGCCGUCGGGCAAGAGCGGCGCGGGUUCCGACGGCGGCGCUGGGACCGACGGCGGGUCUUCGUCUUCGAGCCCCGACACGGGCAGCGCGUGCAGCGUGCAGGCCUACGGGCAGUGCGGCGGGAACGGGUACUCGGGUUGCACCCAGUGCGCGCCCGGCUAUACUUGCAAGGCGGUCUCUCCGCCGUACUAUUCGCAGUGCGCCCCUUCUUCUUAG